UCGACUCAGUACGUAAAGAAUAAAAUUAAUGGCAGCUGUCAUUUAUAUCCCGCACUGCUGAUUGUUGUAAGGAUUUUGCUUACAAUAAAUAAAGUAUUUCGCUCGCCCUUCUAGCGGACAUAAAUUAAAAUUUUGCUAAUUAAGUGCCUUACUACUCUAGUCGGAGACCAUGCUAAUCACAGUUCUGUGUGUUAUCCUGUCAGCGGCGUUAUUCGCACAAGGUGCCGAAGAGACCACGCCCAACCCGGCAUGUAACGAUUUUGCAAUGUUGGCCUGCUUGAUGGCACCCAUGGCGCACUUUAUGAGCCCCAUCGGAAUGGCCAUGCUGGAGCGCAUGGGCAACCGCACCGGAAGUGAAGCACAGUUUACCCAGGAAGACAUCACCAUGAUCUGCCAGGUGACGUCAACGGCGGGUCAGUGUUUGGAAGGCUACAUUAAUAACUGCUUCUCAUCCGCCGGAAACGGCUCCAACUUCCACCAAUUCUUCAGUGGUAGCCUGCAAAUUAGCAAGGAAUUCUGUGCCCGCUCCAGCCUUUACGCCGACGGGAAGCUAGCCUAUGAAUGCCUGAAUGAACUGGAAAAAAAAGACAACGGUUCCAGUUGCGGCGACGAUGAGGAGUUUGAGGAUCCCUUUCACUGUAAUAAUGCGUCCAUGAUGGAACUGCAGCAGCAUCAGGUGUUCUUCCAGCAAAACGAUGUGCUUGGUCAUCUGUGCUGUACGUUUGACAAGGUCAAACAAUGCGCCGUGGCGAGCCAGAUAAAUAGCGUAUGUUCCGCGGAUGCGCGUCGAGUGAUUGGAGAAUUAGUUGGUGUGAUUGAUAAGGCGUAUACGUGUGCCGACCGUCUUAAAGAUUGCGCUACAAUGCCCCAGCGCAUCAGGACCAAAGCCAACAAUUGCCGCCUAGCGGCAGAUGCGCCAUAGUGCACCUUUGAAUAUUCUUUACAAAAAUUCCCACCUUUUUCUAGAUGUGUUUUUACUAUAAUUCUAAAAUAUGUAUCUGUACAUGCGGAAGUUUUGCUGUACGUAUUUAAUACUUACUAUAGUGCUGUGGUAGGUAUAUACUUUCUUUGCAACCUUUGUAGAUGCUAGCUGUACACUAUCUUACAAUUGUUAGUUUAACGUGAUAAUAUUGAGAACCGAUACCCAGCAUGGCCUAACAAUGUUUUCCGCUAAAGAAAAGGAAAAAAAAUAAAAAAUUU